AUGCACGAAGAUUGCCGUAAAUAUGUCACCAUUAACUUUCACAAAACUUCAGCAGCUGCUGCAAAAGCCUUUCUCGAAAAUUUGCCUGUGGAAGUUCAACUGCAAAGUUUUCACCAAAAAACAAUUGAAGAGAACAAGCAAAUACUGGCGUCAAUUAUUUCUUGUAUAGUAUUCUGUGGCACCCAUGAUUUGGCUGUUAGAGGUAAAGAAGCAGAUAAGGAAGUUUUUUUCGAUCUGAUGAAUUUACGAAUUGAAUCUGGCGACAUAAAAUUAAAGAGUUAUCUAGAGAAAUGUCAUAAAAAUGCAGUUUAUACCUCACCAAAGAUACAGAACGACAUAUAG